UGGACUUUUUUUUUUUUUUUGGCCGGGUGCAGUGACCUCCUGGAGUCUGUGCUGGAUGGAUCUUUCUGCCAAAUUAAACUAACUGUCUCCUGGCUGUAGCUAUAUUUAGCGUACAGAUAUGAAACUCCUCGUUUAACGCUGUAAAAAAAAGUGAAUAGGUGUAGUUCCCUUAAAUGUUUAACUAUUCCUUUAAGAGCUGUUUAACUCCUACAGUUCAUUUAUUUCACAAACUGUGAGAAAAUGUGUGAUUUGGGAUUUUUGAGGUGAAAUGAUGGUGAACGUCACUGUGAAUCACAUAGAUGAAGGUUGCUGCUUUCACCCAGAGAUGAUUUAUUUAUGACUACUUGUCAAUGAAUGACAAAGUGUUUCAGCAUGGUCUCAAAAUAUUGAUUUGAAUUUACACCAAAAUUAUUAAAUGUGUCUGUAUUAAUUGGUCCCUGAUCAAAACCUCUUUCAAAUACAUGUAGAAAACCUAAAUGAGAGCAGUAGAUUAAUGUGCCCCCUGAUUUAAUUACUACACCACAUUUCUGUCUAUUUUGCAGAGAAAGAUCUGGGCUUCCUAACGUGGCUCUGAACACCUGUCAAUUAUUACACAUCUCAUCUUGUCUUUCUACAACUUUUUCUAACGUAUACAACGUGACGUUAACGCCAGCCAGAUAUGUAUUGUGCAACAUGAUUUCUCAUCAGUCCUCACACAGAAAAACUCCAAGGUCCAACCUCAGAUAGCGAUCCGUCCCAGCCAGAGUCAGUCCUUUCUGACCAGGUCACCAGAUCAGUAAUUGAACAUCAGCACAAAAGAUGGGAGACUGGGGGUUCUUGUCAACCUUGCUGGAUAAGGUCCAGUCCCACUCUACAGUCAUUGGAAAGAUCUGGAUGAGCGUCCUUUUCCUGUUCAGGAUCAUGGUUCUGGGCGCCGGCGCUGAGAGCGUCUGGGGCGACGAGCAGUCGGAUUUCAUAUGUAACACUCAGCAACCCGGUUGUGAGAACGUCUGCUACGACUGGACUUUCCCCAUCUCACACAUCCGCUUCUGGGUCCUUCAGAUCAUCUUCGUCUCCACGCCAACGCUGAUCUACCUGGGCCACGCCAUGCACAUCAUCCACAAAGAGAACAAACUGAGGGAGAAGCUGUCGAGCCCCGGCGGGACCCGGCUGUACAAACAGCCCAAAUACACAAACGAAAAGGGACAGGUGGAGAUCAAGGGGGACUUGCUGGGGAGCUACCUGACCCAGCUCGUGGUCAAGAUCAUCAUUGAGGCUGCCUUCAUAGUGGGCCAGUACUACCUGUACGGCUUCGUCAUGGUCCCCAUGUUCCCCUGCUCUCAGUCGCCCUGCCCCUUCACCGUGGAGUGCUACAUGUCCCGGCCCACGGAGAAGACCAUCUUUAUUAUCUUCAUGCUGGUGGUGGCCUGCGUCUCUCUGUUUCUCAACGUCAUUGAGAUGUUCUACCUGAUUUGUAAGAGGGUCAGAUGCAGGUCCAGACCUAACUCUCACAAGAUUACUUCACCUGAGAACCCUGCCAGCCUGUCAGCUCCCAGAUUGCCCACUACAGACGACCCGUUCAAGCAGAACAAGAUGAAUCUGGAGCAAGAGAGGAGCCAGAGUACCGGGGGAGGCCUGGACGGGGCCAAAGAGGAGAAACGGCUACUGAGUGAUCAUUAAUAAUCGUUAUAAUUUAUUAUAACGACGCUGAACAUGUUUUACAAUCAGUGGUCACAUGAUGUCAGAAUAUCAAGGAAAAGUUUUGUCAUUGUGUAAUAAUGUGAUAUUCUUGCUAAGCCAUAUUGUUGUAAUUUUACACUUAUUUUGUAUUUUUAAAUGGAAAUCUAAUAAUGGAAAGUGUGCAAUACGUUUGUUGUAUUUAUGUUAAUAUGUACUCACUUGUAAAUCUGUAACAAUGAACAGUAACUGAAUUUGUCUUUUAACUUAUUGCCGUGUUCAUUAUGUAGGACUUGAAAUAAUUUGCCUCCUUAAUUAUAAUAGUGAUGAUGAUGAUGAUGAAGAGUCUGUCUCUGCUCUGUUUUUUAUU